ACAUGAAUCCACCAACUCUCUUCUUCCCCUGACAAAAAAUAAAAAAUAUCUCAAAUCAAUCAUGUCGUCUUCUUCGUUUUCGGGUUUUUAAUUUACGACACUUUCUAUCUUUGUCUUAAAAGGAUUAGAUCUAUUACACGAUCAUGAGUCACGACGACAGUACAUAAGGUACAAACAAGAGAUUUCUAUCAAGAAAGAUGGUUGCGUUGAAAGAGAAGAAGUUUCUGACCGUUGCACCUUUCGAGUGUGCUUGGAGUGAUGAUCUCAAGUUCCGGGAAGCGGGAAGAGGCUGCGUUGCGUUUGAUGCGUUUGCUCACAACGAUGUCACGGUGGUGUUCAGAGAGAAUGUCGGGAGUCAACAUUACCAUUAUAAGAAAGACAACAGUCCUCAUUACAUUGUGAUCAUUGGUAGUAACAGGAACCGGAGGCUGAAGAUUCAGGUUGAUGGAAAAUCUGUGGUAGAUGAGGAAGCUUCUGAUCUCUGUUGUUCUUUGGAGUUCGAGAGCUACUGGAUUAGUAUCUAUGAUGGGUUGAUUAGCAUCGGGAAAGGUCGGUAUCCUUUUCAGAACCUGGUCUUUCAGUGGCAAGACUCCAAGCCUAACUGUAGUGUCCAGUAUGUUGGUCUCAGCAGCUGGGAUAAACAUGUUGGAUACAGAAACGUGAGUGUGUUUCCCGUGACUCACAAUCAUAUCUCGCUGUGGAAGCAAGUGGAUUGCCGUGAAGUUAAAGGAGAAGAGCCUGAUGAUGAGAAGUUUGUGGAGGAAGGGACCGGUUUUGGUUAUGAACACUGGGGGCUCGGUGAUUUUCUGGAGAGCUGGGAAUUAUCUGACAUUGUCUUUCUUGUUGGUGAAGAGGGACUUGAUGUCCCUGCUCAUAAGAUUAUCUUACAAGCAUCUGGUAGUUUUCCUUUGAGCUCAUCAAAUGGGGAUGUCAUUCAACUUCGUGGAGUAUCGUAUCCGAUUCUUCAUGCACUUCUUCAAUAUAUUUAUACGGGACGAACUCAGAUAUUGGAAUCAGAACUUGCUCCAUUGCGGGAUUUAAGUUCUAAUUUUGAUGUGAUGCCAUUGGUGAGACAGUGUGAAGAAAAUAUAGACCGCUUAAAACUUAGCAACAGAGCAUUUGACCCCUGCAAAAAAGUCAAACUCUCGUGUCCGAUUUCUCACCCUCUAUCUGGUUUUAUGUUUCCCACUGCUUUCCCUGCUGAUGUGGGGAAGCUGAAAAUGUUGUACUCAACAGGCGAGCAUAGUGACAUAAAAAUAUAUCUCAGUGACCAUGGUCUCACUUUCCAGUCUCACAAAGUCAUUCUAAGUCUUUGGAGUGUCGCAUUUGCAAAGAUGUUUACAAAUGGGAUGAGCGAAAGCCAUUCGUCAACGAUUUACUUAACCGAUGUAUCACCAGAAGCAUUCAAGGCUAUGAUUAAUUUCAUGUAUAGCGGAGAGUUGAACAUGGAAGACACGGUGGAUUUUGGUACCGAUUUGAUCCAUCUUCUCUUUCUAGCUGACCGGUUUGGAGUUGUUCCUCUUCAUCAAGAAUGCUGCAAAAUGCUCCUGGAGUGCCUCUCAGAGGAUUCAGUGUGCUCAGUUCUCCAAGUGGUCUCGUCCAUCUCAUCAUGUAAACUUAUUGAGGAGAUGUGCAAGAGGAAGUUCUCCAUGCACUUCGACUAUUGUACCACUGCCAGUUUGGACUUUGUCUUGUUAGAUCAGACCACUUUCAGUGAUAUUCUUGAGUCUGCAGAUCUGACAGUGACAUCUGAGGAAAAGAUUCUUGAUGCUGUUCUCAUGUGGUGCAUGAAAGCUGAAGAGUCGCUCGGUUGGGAGCUUAUAGAUGAGCUAAUGAACUACUCAAAUCCAGAAAUUUUGUUCAAAGAAAGGCUUCAGUCACUUGAUGAUCUGUUGCCUCAUGUACGCUUCUCUUUGUUGCCAUACGAGUUGCUUAAGAGGUUAGAAAACAGCAACCUUAGCAGACAAAUCCCAAUAUUCAAUCGUCUUGUGAAGGAGGCCGCUAGCUUUCUGGCUUCCAGAUUGACAUGCCCAGGAAAUGAACCGAUGUGCCAACACCGGAGAUCGAGUUUCAAGGAGCUUCAAUACAUACGGGACGGCGAUAGCAAUGGAGUGCUGCACUUUGUUGGUACAUCUUAUGGAAGUCAUCAAUGGGUCAACCCCGUUCUCGCAAAGAAAAUUAACAUUACAUCCAGCAGUCCCACUUCCAGAUUCACUGAUCCAAAGGCUUUAGCUUCGAAAACCUAUGUGGGUACUUCCUUUGCAGGGCCUAGAAAGGAAGAUGGCCAUAUAUCAUCUUGGUGGAUGGUGGACUUAGGCGAAGAUCAUCAGCUUAUGUGCAACUACUACACCUUCAGACAAGACGGGUCAAGAGCAUUCACAAGGUCCUGGAAGUUUCAGGGAUCAAUGGAUGGGAAAACAUGGACUGACUUGAGAGUCCAUGAGGAUGACCAAACAAUGUGCAAGGCCGGUCAGUUUGCAUCGUGGCCAAUAACAGCAGCAAAUGCAUUACUUCCCUUUAGGUUUUUCAGGCUGUUUCUGACCGGUCCAACCACAGACACAUCAACUCCUUGGAACUUUUGCAUUUGCUACUUGGAACUCUACGGUUACUUCCGUUGAAACCACUCUCUGCUAUGAACUGGCCUUUUGACUGUCUCUAGUUCACACGUGUGUGUUUUUUGUCCCUUUUUUUUGUUUCUUUCUUUUUCCCGUUUGUCUUAUUCGACUGUUAUCUUUGAAUAUGAAAAAAAAAACACUGUUCACAGAAGAUCUCAAUGGUUUUAAUUAGAAAGUGUUUAAUUUCUCAAGUUUA